GAUGAGGAGAGCCCCUAAAGGCCGUGUCUCUGAAGGCCGUGUCCCCACGGUGGGGCACAAGAAACUGAGCGGACAGCAGGGUUCUGCACCCACUGGUGUUGGGGCAGGGGGGACAAGAGGGGUGACAGAGGAGGCAGAGCUGGCCGUGGCACCAGGGGCUGGGCAGUACGGGAGGAAGCUGUGGGGAAAUGGUGGAGUGGCAGCGCUUGCACCACUGGCCACUUCCGGGCACCCAUGGCCCUGACAAUGAUGGGUGUCACCGCAGCUGGGCUGGGGCUGGCUUUGGGGCUGGGGUCACAGCUGGCUCCCUGUCCAACUCCCUGCUGGGUCAACCAAACGUCAGACUGGCACGUGGUCACAGGCCCCACACAGCAACCCCAAACAUCCCCUGUGCUCUCUGCCCCACACACCAGUCCUGGAGCAUCCUUCUGCCCCAUUUCUGGAGUAUUCCCUGCUCUGCUCCAUGCUCUGCCUCCCCACUGCACUGCCUGGGGGAAACUAACCCCCCCCCCAGCCCUGCAGUCUCAACAGAGGAAUUGGGCAAAUCCGGGCAUUACGAAACCUGGAAAUCCCACUCUGACGGUGCUUCCUUCUCGAGGCUCUUAAAAACCAGCUACGCUGAGGCCAGGCUUAGAGAGCAGCCAAGCAGCACUGCAGGCCAGGCAGGAGCAGGCAGCCAAGCCUCAGAAGUUUGCAGGUGCUGUGAAGUCUCUGCCCAGGACUCUGCAGUCAGUGGCGGCAAUGGCAUUCGUCCCCGAUUUGGACACACUGGAGAGCAGCAGCCUGAACGAAGAGACGUUGUAUGGCCCCAGCUGUCUGUGCCCGCAGAAGAAGCCCCGGCUGGAUCUGGAGGGGACAUCGCCUGGGGUGGACAUCCAGGUGACGGUGACAAAAGGACCCCUCUCCAGGACCUUCCGCCAGGUUGCUGUGCUGGUGGUUGCUGUGACCAAGCUCCAAAAGCAGCCGACCCGCCAGGACUUUGCUGACAGCGACCUCGGCAGCUUCUUGGACGAUAUUUUCGAGCCAGUCUCCUUCCAGCACAUCAGAGGCACUUGCAGCAGGGCGCCCGUUUUCCGCUACACUCGCUCCCAGUCCUUCGACAUCCUGGACAUCGACCACAAGUGCUUCGUGCUGGAGUCACCCACCCAGCUGGUGGCCCUGCACCUGCAGGGACCCUCUGCUGGACAGAAAGUGAAGCUCAACAUUGCUCUGUACCGUCCUCGGUCGUCUCAGGGUGCUCCAGGGUCUGGAAAGAUGCCAGUGGCAUUGGGCAUCAAGGGCUACCAGCUCUACAUGUCAUGUGUGAUGAGUGGCACCAAGCCCGUGCUGCAGCUGGAGGAAGCUGACAUCAGGAGGGACAUCGAGAGCGUGGAGCUGACCCGCUUCAUCUUCUACCGCCUGGACAGCCCAGCGGAGGGCACCACCCGCUUCGAGUCGGCCGCCUUCCCCGGCUGGUUCGUGUGCACAUCGCUGCAGCCCCGGCAGCCCGUGGGCAUCACCAACACCCCCGACCAGGUGAACAUCGCCACCUACGAGCUGAGCGGGCGCUGAGGAGCCGCCCUGCACCAACCCAACCGGCAGUCACCGGUUUUCAGGCUGUAUGUACUAAGUACAACCCCCCCGGGACACGACCCCCGCAUCUAUUUCAUGUGAAAUAGCAGCUCUGGGCCCCAUGGGCUCGAGCCAUCCCAGUCUGUAUUUAUUUAUUUAUUGGGUCUGCCCAUUGCUUGGGUGCUUAUUUAUUGUGCCCCCUUAUUUAUUUGUGCUUUUUACUUGUACGUGGAUGGAGGUGGAAAUAAAAAGUUUUC